CGUGUGUCGCGCGAGCGCGUAUCAGCGCGUAUUCACGCUGCGGUUACACGUAUGUGCGCAUCUCCGUGCCGCCGUUGCCCGCCGUCGACGUCGGCGUUGCCCCGGUACGCCGCUUUGGAGCGUAGCAACGGCCGCGCGCCGCGGAUUCCGGGUGUGCGCCGCGGGGCCGCGUGCUAUCACCGUCUUCGACAUUCGCGUGCACGCGAGGAGCUAGCAACAGCAACAGCUCGUCGCGGCCAGUGACAACAUUUAUUUUCGAUACGAUCGUGAAGGAACAGUGGGAGAGCGAGAGAGAGAGAGAGAGAGAGAAAGAAAGAAAGAGAAAGAGGACGGGAAGGCGAAAGAGAGACGAAAGAAGCCUUCGCGAACUGCUGCAACGCAACCUGCGGGGUGUCCGCGAGUUCACAUUCAGGACAGCUAGCGUGAGCAGGUUUUGGAUAAACUCGCCUAUUGAAAAACAAAAAAAAUGGUGUCGACACGUCAAUCAAGUAACAUGGGAAGUAGCGGUGGCAGUGGAUUAGUUGGUGAAGUAGAAGUACAUUCGUUAAAAAAGCAACCUUCUGUAACAGCUGGCACAUCCAAUAAUGGGGCCACUAUUGAAUCGCGCAACUUGAAUCUCCUGGAUUUACCUGUCGAAGUCCUUGAGAAAAUUUUUGGCUACCUAGGUUUCAAUAUGGUAGCCCAUAUGCGUUUGGUUUGCCAUCAACUGGACCGCAUUUGUGGAUCAAUGCUGAACUCUACGUUUCAAAAGUUACAAGCUCAAAUGUUAAGCCGUUUUCAAGCUAUCAAAGCGCAAAUGCCCAGACGCGAGUCCGCGCGUCGAAAUCAUCCGUUAGCAUGCGAGUCGGAUAUUAUUGAAACUUUACAUAUGCGACUUACCCUGCUGCAAAUGAGUUUUGGCAAGCACAUUGAACGGAAGCAUUGUUGCUUCUUCCCCGGCGAGAUUUUAGAUGAAGUUUAUCGCAUUCUCCAUUAUAUAAAAGUUACACCGAAAUUACAAAGACCUUACAAAGUCACCGACGAAUUAUUUGAUCUAAGCACUAUGGCUAUGGAAUACUUUAAGGAACACAUUGAACCAACGUUACCAGAAAUACCUUACUUCGGUGCCGAUUUUCUGGAUCUGGCAGGAACAUUCUCUUCUUCUAGUAGCGUGAGUAAACCAUUUAUGUGCCUGGAUUCCACACCCUUGACCAUUGGAAAUGGAAAAACGGGCAAUGCUGGUGAAGAAGAAGGUUCUUCGUCGCAUUGUUCAGACGAUCCCGCUCUUUUGGAAUCCAAUGUAUCACCACCACAAUCGAACAUGGUUUUGCGAAAACGAAUUCGCAAGAUCAAACAGGGCAUGAGACGAUACAACAGUCAGCUAACAUUGAUGCGCAGGGAUUUGAAGAGUUGUAAGGCGAAAAUUGCGGAUCAACAGAAACAAAUCGUAGAAUAUGCUACUCGAUUGGAUGAUAAUGACAAGAAGAAUGAGGAGACGUCACGAAAAUUCAGCACACUUCUACAGGAAUUGAACAAGUGUAAAACCGAGCUACAAUAUUGGCGCUCCAAGUCACCAGCAAUACCAGUGUGUGUAGGUUGUGGUCAGUCAAUGCCAGUCCUUACAGAAGAUUUACAAGCUUUAGCCAAUCAGGGAGUACUGCCGGAUGCGUUUGGCGAAGGGCACGACUUCAUUCCCAUCGCGGAUGCCCACAGUCCCACCGAAGUGGUACAGCAAUCUGUAGUUACGCAAUCUCCGUCGACGCCGAUAGUAGACAUGGCACCCCCAAAGGCUCCCGUGCCUUCAAUAUCUUUUAAACGGAGAUCUAUCGUGGAAGAAACGUCGGGCGAUGCCGCGAAAAAAUCACGUCGCACUGCCAAGUCUCGUCAGGCUAAGCGCUCAAAAAUAUAAAUUGAUAACACUGAUCAUGGUACAAAUAUUCAACCAAUCUUUAAUGGAUUUCCGAAGAUAGAGACUUUCUAUGGUUUACGCGCGUUUCUUUAUGUCAGCAAGCCGAUAUGAUCUUAGAAAAGUACAAAAUUCCUCACCGAACGUCCUGCAUCUCGCGCAACGAACAUCGUUUUGAAAAUAUUAACCGUAUCGAUUGCCGCGAUUGUCAAGAACGCCAGUUGAUUUUUCGAUUAUUUCACGAAUUUAUAGUCGCCGAUAACGACGUACAUUGAUGAACAUUCUAAAGAAGCCUAACCGAUCAUUCGCUUUGCUCGUAAAGCAACGUCCAAUUUUCUCGAAUUCUUAUUAAAUUCAUUUGUUUUUUAAUUAUCAUUGCCGCGGUUGAAGAAGAUAGAAAGUUGAAAUCAUGUGUCAUGUUUGUGUUUGUCAUGCAUUUAACAGUGAUAUCGCAUGAAAGAACGUACUAAAUAAUAUUAUAGCGACAAACAUUCGCCUUCCAUUUUGCUCUUCGAUCAAAAAUAUGUGAUUCUCAUGUUAUUUUUAAAAUGAUAUAUCCUUGCUAGAAUGUUGAUUGGAUAUCGCGUCUUCAAUAUUUUGAUCGAAUAAGACAAUACAGGAAUUGAGAAGGCAUUAAAAUUUCAUAAAACAACUUAUAUGUUAUCGAAUUAUGUGGUGG